GUCAAAUUUAAUGACAUUUGUACAAAUGUCAGAAAAGUUUGUAUUCUUAAAAAAAGAUAGAAAAUUACAAGUGUACAAGUAGAAUUUUGUUUCCAGUUUAAUGAUGAAUUUGGGUUAUAGUAUAAUUAAUUACUUAUGAAAUAUAUUUAUCGAUGAAUGAUCAAAUAUCAACUUGGGGAAACAUCUACUAUUUAAUCCUUAUACCAUUAUGAAAAUUAUCACGAAAACAUGUAAAGGUAUAGUGCAAAGCAAACAUCGAUUGUUGACAUAAGCCGUAAUGUUUAAUUUAGAUUUUAAACAUGUUCUCAGAGCACAACAUAGCUACUUUAUGUGUAUAUCCCUGCUUAUUUAUGAAACCGAAAAUUAUUAUGAGUGAAAAUGGAAACCAAAGAAGUAUUAUAUCUCAGAUUACAUAAAUGGUACAGAUAGAUUGUGUAUUUUUUUGUUAAUUUGAGUUCAAAGGACUAUAAUAAUAUAUAGUUAUAAAAUGCACCAAGUCAAGUGUAGUUAAGAUUAUGAACCAGUUUGCAAACAUAAUGAAAGAAAGGGAGAGAGCAGAUUCCUCAUCUUAUGUUAAAUCAGAUAUUCAAGAGGAUAACCCUUCUGAGCUGGUUGAAGAUGAAAACACACAAUUGUCACUUGAUCCCAAUGUUCAAAUGUAUCUUGCUCAAAUGUCUCAGGAAUCAGGAUGUUGGGGAAAGUAUUUUCCAAUACCAUUUGAAAGAGCAGAUCAAAAGUCAUGGUGGGAUCCCACUUUUGAUUCAGAAAUACUCGAAGAACAGUUCAAGAAGAGUUUCAACAAAAGUAAUAAAAUAAAAUUCAGGUACGCUUUGAUUUAUCUCAUCGUUAUCUCUUCGGCGUGGCUUACAUAUUAUUUCGUUGUGGGCUUUUUAGGAGACGAACGCCACUGGCAUCUGGUAUCCGGUCUAAUCGUCCUAGUAAUUAUUUGCCUCAUAACUUCUUUGAUUUUCACUUACACCAAAUUCUUCGAUAAAAACAUGACAUUUCUAACGUUUAUAGUAGCUUUGUUGUUCAUCAUAUUGAGUUUGAUAUUUUUGAUCGUGGUAAAAUUUUCUCCAGUCGGUAAUCUCGCGCUUUGCAUUCAAAUAUCCUUCUUAUUGUAUACUCUGGUACCACUAAAAUUGUACGUCAGUCUUCUAUUGGGUAUCUUUUAUUCUACGGCUUAUGAGCUGCUCAACCAUUUCAUCAAUCCUGAAAUGAAUUCGGAUCUAUCUCUACUCGGAGCUAAAACGCUCACUCACUUUGCCAUACAUUUGAUCGGUUUCCAUAUUUGCCUCAUGAAUAACGUUAGACGGAGGAAUACGUUCAUGAAGGUCGGGCAGAGUUUGUUAGUGAGACGGCAGUUGGAAUUAGAAAAACGGUUGAAGGAAAAUAUGAUACAUUCGCUUAUGCCGAAAAGUGUGGCGGAUUGGUUGAAAAAAGAAGACGAGAAUUUCACUAGGAGGCAAUCCUCGGAUUCCACGCAUGAUAUUAGAUCCUUAUUCAGACCUUUCAACAUGGACAACAUGGAAAACGUCAGUAUAUUAUUCGCCGAUAUCGUCGGUUUCACCAAAAUGUCCAGCAACAAAAACGCCGAAGAAUUAGUAGACAUUCUUAACAAUCUAUUUCAACGUUUCGAUUCUCUAUGUAAAGUCCACAACUGCGAAAAAAUAUCAACGUUAGGCGAUUGUUAUUAUUGCGUCAGCGGUUGUCCGGAAGCUAGACCCGAUCACGCUAAAUGUUGCGUCGAAAUGGGCCUUAGCAUGAUACAAGCCAUCAAGCAAUUCGACCUCGAAAAAAACGAAGGUGUGAACAUGAGAGUCGGUAUACAUACCGGAAAGGUUCUCUGCGGAAUUGUCGGUACGAAAAGGUUUAAAUUCGACGUUUGGAGCAACGACGUUACUUUAGCUAAUAAGAUGGAAUCGACGGGAAAACCUGGAAUGGUUCACGUGUCCGAAAAAACCGUCGGUUUUUUAAACGAUGGUUACCUUUUGGAAGACGGCGAUGACGUGAUGGGUUUGCGCACAUACUUCAUCCUGGGGCGCAAAAGUGACAGAACUCCUUCAUAUAGUGGCUCAUUUCGCGCAGAAGGUCGCCAAAAAUACGCCAACUCUCUCCAGCUCUUCAUAUCACCUCCUUCCAAUUCUUCAUCAUCACCACCAUCGCGCCCACGCGUCCUUUCUUGCGACACUUCAUCUAACUACAUCAAACCCCAACAACAAUCGCAACAUUUACUUUCACCCGACGUUUGUAAAAUCAAAGCUAGUAGUCUUCCUAGCAUUUUAGAUUUGGAAAGCGACGAUACUAUCUGUACUACUCCGAAUAAUAACGAUUCCUCAUUUACCGACGAUAUUAAAACUCCCACUAGUACGGCCAGUUCGGGAAAGUACGCUGGAAAAUUGAAAAGUUGGAAGAUACCGAAGUUUAUGAGGAAAUUGUCAGAUCAGAAGCAAGAUUUAGAAGUCGACGUAUUUACUGUUUCGCCAUUACCAUCUACUGAAGAUGGUUACCAGCAAGUUCCUACUAUCAUCGAAGCAACUGUGAACGGCAAUAAGAUAGAUUCAUCACAAAAGACAGACAUAGAAGAUUUACUAAAAGACAAUAUAGACGUUAAAUCAUACAUAAGCCAAUCUAGAAGCGACAUAGGCCCGUACGACUACACCUCUAACACCGAAUUCAUCAGGAGCGGAAGUUAUCGUUCCCAAUAUAGUCGAUCGCCAUUAUCAGAUUUGCAAUAUCUGCAUCGAACGGGAAGUAAUAGAUCUAGAAGAGGUCGCUCGCCGUUGUUCGAUAGUUUAGAACCUCAUGAAAGGGCUAGAAGCGCUACGGUAUCCACUAUCAAUAUUCAAAGACCGAAGAGAUCGUUCGAAUUACCUAGUCGAUUAUCGAGCAUAACCGGUUUGGAAGAGAAUCUCAAUCAGAGUAGAAAAGAUUCGGGAAUACGGAGCAACAGCAGAAAAAGUAGCAUGCAACAGAUAGAUGGAGCCCUUGCAAAUUCGGAAAUGCUACAUCGCGUGUCCGGUUAUUAUACAGCGAGUCAGUUUUCGAUAAAUCACACCCCUCAAGUGCCAAGAAAAUUCGGAACAUUUUUCGAUAAGAACGGAGCAACUAUACAAAUAUUGCGAAAACAAUCAGACAGACAACUAAUAAAAUGUGUUCAAGAUAACUCUAAAUCAAAAUGUUCGUAUUUCAUAAAGCCGCCCUUAUCUAGAUUAACGUUAUUUUUUAAAGACAAAGAAAUGGAGAAACAGUAUCGACAGAAUGUCCAUAGAAUUUCAAAGAAAGACGAACAAGAUAUCAUGACGUUAGCCAAUUCGAAAUUCAACACUUAUUUAGACGUUGUCGUAUCGCUUUUAGUUUUUCUAAUAAUUUCUCUCGGUUCUGCUUUGUUGUAUAAAGUAACAACAGUAUGGCUGAUAACCUUUUUCACUUGUUUGCUUUUGCAAACUUUGGGUAUCGCUUUUUGUUUCAAAUCGGUAGUUAGAUGGUUCGAUAGAGUUUUAUGGUGUUUCAUUAGAUUUUACCGAUGGAACUUUUUCGGAGCGAUACUAAUCAGCUUACCGUUAAUAUCGGCUAUAGCCAAUUUUAUAAAUAAUCAAACUUUUUCUCCGGCCAGCCUCAACGUAUUCAGUUAUUUGUUGUUCGUAGGUCUAGUUCAUUUUUGUAAUUUCACCCAAUUAAAUUGCUGGAUGAAAAAUUUGCUAGCUACCGUAACAAGUUUAGCUUUAGCUUCCACUCUAAUUUUCACCGAUAAUAACACUUCAUGUAGCUACCAAACGAUCCAACCUAAUAUCACGAAUAUAAAUGAUAGUUCGUUAAUUUUAGAUAAUUUUAAUACGACAAAUCCCAAACAACAAAUAUCUUGUUCGUUAUAUAAGGCUGAAAUAGUUUUGAAUCUAUUCAUAUUGGUCAUUUUGAUUUGGUUGUUAACCAGAGAAUUUGAAAUUGGAUACAGACUGAGUUUUCAUACGAAUUUCGUCGCUAUAAGAGAUAAAAAUAAAGUACAAAGUUUGAAGAAUCAAGCCGAUUACCUGAUUUAUAAUAUAGUGCCGGAACACGUAGCCGAACAACUGAAAAAAGAUGCUAAAUAUUCGGAAAAUUUCAAAGACGUCGCCAUCAUAUUCGCCAGUAUUGUAAAUUUUAACGAAAUGUAUGAUGAAAGUUACGAAGGGGGUAGAGAAUAUUUGCGCGUACUCAACGAAUUGAUCGGCGAUUUCGACGAACUUUUGAACCGAUCCGAAUUCCAUUGCGUAGAAAAAAUAAAAACAAUCGGUUCGACUUUUAUGGCGGCGAGUGGAUUAAAUUCACGUAAACGUCAACAACAGAAAGAUCCGAACGAACAUCUCUACGCCCUGAUGGAUUUCGCUAUAGAAUUACAACACGUCGUCAACGAUUUCAAUCGAGAUUUGCUCGGUUUCGAUUUGGAGUUAAGAAUAGGUUACAAUUUCGGUGACGUAACUGCGGCCGUUAUUGGUAACACGAAGCUAUUCUAUGACAUUUGGGGUGAUGCUGUCAAUAUCGCAUCCAGAAUGGACAGUACAGGCAUGAAAGGGAAAAUACAGGUAGGUGAACAUUGUUUACCCGCUAUGCAAGAAAAAUACGAGUUCGAAUUGAGGGGAUCGGUUUACGUUAAAGGUAAAGAUAAUAUGAAUGUUUAUUUUCUCAAAAAGAAAAAAACUUCGCCGUUCCUGUCGGUUCCCGACACUUCAUUGUGAUGCUUAGAGUAGAACGUAAAGAAAUUUAAAUUUCAAAACGUAGUUGGCUGAGUCAUUUUUUUAGAAAUUCCAAAAAGAAAAAUAAUCGUAACGUCCUUGUUUGACAAAAUAUUACCGAACGUACUUCAACUUUUGUCUACAAACUAAAAUCAUAUGGAAAUAUUAGUAUUACUUAAUUGCUUAAUCCCGAAGGCUUUUUAUAGUUUCAGGUGUAAGGCAUGCUAGAGUUGAGUCAUUACGUAGGCUCCCACACCAGUUUACAUUAUUUCCUAUCAUGUGUCUUUUAUCCCGCCAUAUUAAUUAUUUCUGUCCAACUCCACCUCGGUCUCCCAUUCUUUUUUUGUAAGUUCGUGCUUCAUAUACUUUCCGUAUUAAUUGUUCUUCUUCCAUUCUCAUAACAUGAUCAAACCAUCUCAAUUGUCCUUCUAUUCUGUUUUGAAUUGGUUUCUCUACUACCACUGGCACUACGGUCCUUAAAGAUUCUUAGCCUCGUCUACAACAUUCCUCCAGUUAUUACGAUCCAACGUUCGUCGUUUUCACACCUAAAUACCGAAGAUCUUCUUCGACUUCAUCCAGCCAUCGUUUGCGCGGUAGUCCAGGCAGUCGCCGGCCCUCGGUCUUCUGGCUUUCCACAUACGUUCCAAGUGGUCUAGCCAUCUGAGUCAAUCACCAGGUUGGGGUCUUCAUAGGGCCGAUAGAACUCGGUGUUUGUACGGCUGCGCCCUGCUCGCAUGCUGGUCUAAUAUAUUCAGCGUAAGAUCUUUCGCUCCCUCGUGUUGAACAGCCGCUACUCGCGGCUAUCACGUUGACCGUUUGCGUAUAUUUUCAAAAACUUUUUGAAGUGGUCGAGGAAUACUGAUCUUUUCUUCAAUAUUAUUCUCGUAGACCACGCUCUUAAGAUAAUCCUCCAAGAAAAAAUCAAGUGGGUUCAAGUCAGGGCUUCGAGGUGACCAUUUAAUAUCACCUCUGGGAACAAUUCGUGCAAUGCAGCUAAAGAGUUGUUAGUGGUGUUGGAAUCAUGUCAGCUGGUUAUAAUGCUCAUAUUUUUGCAGUUGAGACCCGAAAAAAUUGCGUAUCAUGUCGAUAUAGCGUACAGAAGUUACAGUAUCUGUAUGCCCUCUGUUAUCUUUAUAAAAGUAGGGUCAAAUAUUGCAGUUCGCCGACUCAGCGACCCACACAGUGACUUUUGGCGUCUGUGGAUUUUUUUCUUCCCAAAAACGACAAUUUUGGCGAUUUACGUAGACAUCCAAAUGAAAAUGUGCCUCAUCGUUGAAGAACGUGUGUUGGAAUUGUUGAAUCUCUCUAAUAUUGCAUUCGCAAAAUUCAAUCUUGUAGAGCUUGCACAAUAUGAAUCUUGUAUGCAUUUAGGUGUAAAUCAGAUCGCAUUUUGUGGUGAAUUGUCGCUCUUGAUAAUUCCAGUUGAGUCUCAAGCUGACGCUGACCAGGAUUCUUGCUGUCCUUGGACGGCAAUAGUGUUUAGAGUAGUACUGAAUGUGCAUGAUGGCAACUAAAAACUAGUCCGCGCCUUGUUUGCUUCUCACUCACUCUUAAAAAAGUUGGAUCGUUUUGAGACAUCCUGUAGAUGUCUAUAUGAUUUUAAUACAUGUAGACUACUAAAUUUUUAUAAAAAAAAAAUAAAUAAUCAUUAAUCAAUAUACUCAUUUUGAUUGUUAUAAUAUACUGUUGAUAGUUUUUUAAUUGUUGAUAGCUUUGUAGGUUUUACUUUAUUAUUCUGUUAAGUUUGAUAUCUGUUUAUCGAAAUGAAUCAAAAUAUAAACGAAAAUUUCAAGGCACGGGACGUAUUUUGAUAAACACCAUUGUUAAUUAGUCGAAAAUCAAUUUCGAAAAAAUGACUAGCAAUCUAAAUUCUUAUAUUACCAAAGAGUACUCUAAUGUAAUACUGCUUGAAAAAUGUGUUUGUAUAACAAACUGUUUGUCAUGUUGUUGCUUUGAUAGAGUAAUAUGAAAAGUUGACAAUAUGAAUGUUAGAAGAAAUAAAGAAUCAAAUUAUAACGAAGUAAAAGAUAUUAGAAAAAUAAUGUAGGGAAAUAUACGUAGGAUCCUCGCUUACACUCUCCGAUAAUUAUGAAAACUUGGUACAUUUCUAUUAUAAAUAUGAAAUUCUGAGUAAAUUCAUUCAUUUUUAAUGUUUUCAGGGUUAAAAAUUUUUGUUAUAUGCUUUAUUUGAGUCUUAUUUUGUUACUUUCCACUUUGUAGUACUCGUUUGAAUCCAAUACAAGGAAGGCCUAGAUUUUAAAGAUCCUUAUUGGAAAAUAGUUUAUACAUUUCAUUUUAUAGAAAAUCUCCAUACAUUUCUUUAUGAUAUCAAACUUUUUUUUCUAUUUUUAAUCUAUCAUUAAGGACAGAUGAUGCAGUUACUUGGUGAGGUUCACCAUUUAGGGCACUAGUUUUUUUAAUAAAUAAAAAUCUAAUUACGGAAAUGUCAGUUACGUAACUAAUUACGUUUCCACCAAUUACGUAAUUUUUCUCAUUUUUUUUUAAUUGACUAUGAAUUUUUGUAAAUAUUGUAAACAAAAAAAAAUUUCAAUAACUUAUCAUCGUAUAUCAGAUAAAUCGAACCAUUUUUUUUGUCCAGAAUAUAAUCUUUCUUUUUGAAAAUGUGAUCUCAUAAAUGACAAGUGACAUUUGAAGUUUUGUCACCCAAGACUUCUUAGUUUACUUACAUAACGUAGGCGUUAUCGAAAGUAAUUGAACGCUGCAGUCAAAAAAACUUUGCGACCGCCUCUAGCGCAGUCGUAAAUGCUUAUUUCUACCUUAAUAAUGGAAUGGAGAUCUGUGUUUACUUUGAAAUUCGCUUAUUUACAGUCAUUUUCUUUAUUUAUUUGUCUAACUGUGGUGCGAUUAUCAACUCCUCGUCAUCAUCGCAACUGAUGGCAAUUGCGUUCGAUACACUCGGUUGUGGUCGUGAAUUUAUACAUACAGUUUAAAAAAAAAUCCUCAUUGUUAUUUGAAUAUUGCAAAACACCGAAUACAUUUGUUCGCCUUUCCUAUAUUCUCUUUCUAAGAGAUGCGGUUAGUUUUCUACUCAAAUCAUUUGACUGAAGAUCAAGUUUCUCUAGUAUAAAUAGAAGCGCAGCGUCGGCCGUCAAUAAGCUUGAAUCAUGGCGACACAAUGACGAAAAAGUAGUUUUUAUCACACCCAAUUUGUAAUAAAUGUAGUGAAGAUCUUGGAUCUCAUCGUCUGUAAAUUUUAAAUUUGAUUUCAAAUCUAAAAACGCAUGAUUUUGAUUUGAUAAAUCAGCCUACCAUAUCUGACAAGCUGUUCCAUCUUGUUUUCCAGUCUAGUAUUAGGUCAACGAGUCGUUUUUCCGAGAGGAGUUUUGAAAGAUUUUUUAUAGUACCUUUGUAUAAAAACUCCGAUUCUGGAACGCUGAUUAUUUCUAUAAUAAACGCAUCCUCAUCUUCAAUUUCCUCUGUUUUUUCAGCGUCGGUAUUUUUGAGACAGACAGAUUCUUGUGUUUUUAUAUAAAACUUCCGGGAUUCUAGUUGUAACCCAUUAGUCAAACACAAUUGGCGGUGGCCGUUAAAAUUUCCAUCCAUUUUGACCAUUACACUUGCUCCAUCUGCUGUGAAAGCAAUUAUCGUCUUCCAGACUUGAACCGAAGCUACUCAAACGCUGCUAUAAUAAUUGAGUGCCUACUUCAGCUGGCAUUGAUCCCUGUAUAUGGAAAUGACAAACUUGGACUUGAAACCGAUGAGAUUGAUGCAGAAAUUGACCUCCAAAUUAAAAAUCAUUAGAAUGUAGUCCGAGUACUUCAUCCAAAUGAACACUUACAUAACAGUACAAAAAUUCCCGAUAGCUUUACAUUUGUUGGUCAUGCAUUUAGUUACAUCGUGCCGAAUUGUUCAUUAAGUGAAUAAAUCUCAAACCUUAUGACCAUCGCCUGUAGUUUUCAUCGUCCAUACACGUCAUGAACAUUUCAAUCCAUUAUAUAUCUUUAUACUACCUUAGUUGCAUUCCAAUUGCACAAUUUCAGCACCCAAUCCAACACAUGGGUGCGGAAAGCUUCAAACAAAUGUUCCAAAUUACCGUUUUUGAGAUCUUUUUUUUUAUAACAAGCUUUUAUUGACAAUCAGAAUAUUUAUUUACAUUUUUUGGGAUAAUUUGCUCGCGAGUGUUAGAUAAUAUAACAUCUAUAAUGUCUUGAUGAGACUUAUAUCCAGUGAUGUAACCUCUUACUACGUCUAUUGGCCAACUUUUUUCCAGUUUUUUUGCCUUUCUUGGUCUUAACAACUCCUCUAGUAGUGAAAUUGGGUCGGUUUCUAUGGUUUUCUGAUGUUUGAUGAUAACUUCUUGUACAGUGUGCACUCCUAGGUCCAGGUGUGAUUUGAUACAUACCAUGGAUCAUCUACUAGUUGACGGAGUAUUUUCGAUUUCGAUUUUUUGAGAUCUGUGCAUCAACUACAGUUACGUUUCCCCCUCGUCCCUCAAGCACCAGAUAGAUGAUUGGGCUUUAUGACCUUCAAAAUUGCGCUUUAAACACAAACUGUAGAAUUGAGGCAUUUAUUUCGAUUUACAUUUGUGUGUUUAAAAUGGAAUCGUAACCGGACUACUCAAAAUAAUAAUAUUGGAUGCAAAAAACAAACAAAUAAUUUGCGAUAUGUUUCAAAAUUUGAAAGUUGACACAAAGCUCAUCGAAGUUUGUUCCACUUGAUUCUUGUUUGCUAAGCUGAAGAGAGUCGAGCCCGUGGGUUUCGUUCAGAAAGUGCUGAAUAAAUUGGAAGGCAAUACUUAAUAAAACUGCGCAGACAAAUUAUGGUCUUACAUGGUUUAAUGUGGAAUAUAAAAUUUGAAUCACCUGUAUGUAUAUUUUUUAUGAAAUUAGCAAAUUCAAAUACAUAAUUGAAGCAGAUUUAGAUUCAUUAUACCUGUACUAUAGUUCUUGGUUUUAAUGAAUUGAACAUAGAGGAUAAUACAGGGUGGCGCAAUAAAACCUGCAUUAGUAGCUAUGAGUCAAUAACGACGGAAAGCUUCGUUAUUGGACCGAAAAAAAUCCAAGCAAAGGAAUUAUUGGCCCUUUCUUUUUUGAAGAUUCACGAGGACGCCACAUCACCGUUUACACCGACCGCUAUGUUACGAUCCUAGAGGGAUAUUUGGCUCCAGAACUUGCGAGAUCAAGAAUAGCGAAUACGAGAACUUGGUUCCAACAAGACGGAGCCACCUGUCACACAUCAAAUGUCUCUUUGGCGGCUGUGAGACAGAUGUUUCCUGCAAGACUAAUUUCCAAAAGAGGUGAUUUCCCUUGGCCCCCACGUAGUCUUGACUUGACGCCUCUUGAUUAUUUUUUGUGGAGAUACCUCAAACAUAAAGUCUACAUAAACAAUUCGAGGGACAUCAGUCAGAUAAAGGAAAAUAUUCGCCAGGAAAUGAUAGCAAUCAGCCCAGAUUUUUGACAAGAGUUUUCACAAAUCUGCGUUCGCGUUUAGAGGGGUGCCGUCAUUUAAAUGAUGUUAUUUUUAAAAAAUAAACUUCAUUUCAUUACCUAAUCAUCAUAUCUUUCAUUUUAAUAAUACCUUUUUUUAACCUAUACUUAAUAAACGCACGUUGUAUUGUGCCACCCUGUAGCAUUAUAGAGUAGAAUAUACUAGGUUGGUACUUAAAAUAUAGAACUAGAAAUUCUAUUUGUAUCUUCAAAUGUUUCGAUAUUACGUAUAUUCUACGAUUUUUUAUUCACAAUAAAAUAUUUUUCACACCUUUCCAACUUUUAAUCACGCUUCUAAAGGUAAUGCCACAUUUUGCCAAAUGUGAGCAACCGUUGUGUAUAAAAAUAAACCUUCAAAUUGAGACUGAUAAAACUAAAUUUGGUUCAUUUACCUUCGGCACGAAAUUCGAUAAGAAAAUUUCCAAUUUUUAAUAUUUUUAUUUCAAUUAAUUUAUCAAUUAAAACUACUGAAGGAUUCUUAUUAUUAUAGGGACCAUUGUUAACAUAAAUAUGCUCAACUUAUUAAAUUUUAAAAUUUUACUGAAAUUUUUAAAAACAAUUGAGAACCAUUCUUUAUUUCUUCUUAAAUAUAAAUAUAAACAGAAAUAUCGAUUAUCUCACUAUCCUUUAUAAAUCUUACCGUGUGUAUUUUAAUAGAAAAAAAAACAUUUUAUAUAUUAUACAGGAAUAUUAUUGUUUUAUACACAAUUUUUAUAAACUAGCCUUUCGGAAUCCAAAGAAUUUACCUUAUGGACUAUAUAUACAUGUAAACUAAGACAGCACGUGGGAGGGACUUUAAAGAUAUCACAAUUUCUGUAAAAACCAAAUAGUUUCAGUACCUGAUCAUAUUUUUAUAAAUACCUAUUAUACAAUUUUUUGAUUGGAAUGAAAUGCUGGAGUAACUAUCAACAAGAAAUUCUUUCCAUUUUAUUUUAAUAUUCUUAGCACCGUUAUUUAUUACAACCACUAGAUUUUAUUCACUAUAUACUAAAUAGGGAAUUACCGGAACGGAAAAUGUGAAAACCAACCUGGAAAAACCGGAAGAAAGACGGUAAUAUGGAUUUUCAAUUUUUACUAGGCAAUAAAAUCUAGCAGAUUUUUCAUAUCCACUGGGUAGUACUGUCAAAUCGUUUAUUUUCAUAUUGGGAACGUGGCAAUGAAACACCAAAGCGGAUUAACUUCCAUUUUUGUUUUGUUUUGACGUCAAUUUCAAUAUUGAAUUUUGAAACCUAUGAAUUUUAAAAUUUUUUACAAGAAUACGAUUCAAAACCACCGAAAAUCUUAAUUAAUUAUUUCCCAGACGAUGAUACGAUAAACAGCUCAAUUGGCCUUAUAGGCACAAGGCUUGAAGUCACUCUCUGCUUUCCUCAAGGCUGCUUCACGCCAAUUCUCUAUUCCUAUGCUUUCUAAAUCUUCUCUGCAUGCUUCUAUUCAUUUUUUCCGUGGACGUCCUCUUUUCCUUUUCGCUCCUUCUUCCCUUAACACAGAUCUUUUCACACAACUGUCCAUUUUGGCUAUAUGCCCUAUCCCACGGAGUCUUUUUACUCUGACCACAUAUCCCAUCUCAGCUUGACCAUGACCAAUACUUUGAUCUCUGCGUUCGUUCUUCUUCUCCACUCGUUUUGCUCUCGCACUCCUCCGAAUAUCCUCCUUAGUACGUCUCUCUGGCAUAUGUUUAUUUUAUUUUCUUCUUUUUUGCUCAUGAUCCAACACUCAAUGCCAUACAGCACCGUUGGUCAUAUAACUGUCUUGUAAAGGCUCUUGAAAUAUCUUUUGAUGUUGAUAAUCCUCCUAGGGCUCCCUCUCGCCAAUCUUUUAGCGAUUUUCCCGGUUUCACAUCUAGACUUUAUCAAAUCUAUACUCCUUGUUUUGCUCUGUCGUCACUUUCAAUUGGUUGUAGUUAUUCAGAUCAUAUUCUUUCGCUUUGAUUUCAAAUAGUAGGAACAUUUUUUCUAGAUGCUAGAUGCUUGUUUUACCUAUAGUUUUGCAACUCUAAGAUCCUUAACUGUUAUAAAACAAAUUACAUCAUUUUUUUAGCAUUCCAUUAAAGGCCUCCGUUUCGAAGCUCUAAUUCAAUACAUUUCUUCUGACUUCUGAUAGUGCAUUCAAAUGAUUUCCUCUGUUGGUCAAAACGACAGGAAAUCGGAAAAACGAUGAGCUAUCUCCGUCAGUACGCAUGAAUAAUAAUUCUCGCCAAUAAAAUAAAACUCGCCAAUAUUUACAAAAGCAACAAGUAUUCGAAUGAGAUUGUCUGUCGCCCAGCAAAGAUGGCGUAACUGUCAAUGACAUCAUACUGGAAUGGUCCAUGGAACAAUUUUAAAUUAAGAUGAAGAACACUAUGAAAAGUUGAACAUUUAUAAACACUCAUGUAUAACUUUUAAUAGUUGCAAAAAAUUACCGAUUACUUUGACAAAAGAAACAAGAUACUUCUAAAUAUUUGAAAUUGAGCAAUCUAAAGAUUUGUCAAAACCAGCUAAUGCCCAUAUCACCGUCGGCUAAACAAAUGCUUUUUUUGGGUUUUAUGAAUUUAUUUGUUGCAAUUUAGACCUUAUUAUUUCCAGUUCUUUACUGCGAAAUUGCUUCUCAAAUAGUUGCUACAAAAAGUAGUGCGAAAUGUCUUCCUGAAAUGUAACUUUGUUUUUUCCGCUACGCAAUUUUGUGCUCAGUGUAGGCAGUAAAGCGGUAAAUAUAAUCUGAAACGCAAGUAUUUUAGAAACUUAAAGUUUGUUCAGUGCCACUGAGUUUUCACUAUGUAACCUACUUAGAUUUGAUAAACUCUAGAACAAUGGAAAUUAACGUCAAAAAAAUCACGUAUUGUCAGCACAAAAUUAGUGCAAGUAUCCUGAAUAGCUGGAAACUUUACUCGCAGACUAAUUUAAAAAAAAAAAAUGCAAAAAUACUGAAAUUUAUAUAAAACAAUAAAAUAAAACGAAGAAAAACUAACACUACAUAUUAUAUCAACUGUUUUCUUAGACAACCGGAGCAAGAUGUAACGGCUGUCAUAUUAUUAUAGUUUGUUUGUAGUGCGUGUUCUUCAAUGGUAUUUAAAAAAUUGUUUAUUUAGUUAACUGUUGUAUAAGAUGGUAAUGUCUUUUGUACCAGAAGGUAUUUUUUGCAAAAUUCAUCAAAGACGAUACGAAAGAAAUCACAAAUCACUAAACAUAUACGAAUCCUCAACGCAGUUAAAACUAUGUGCUAAUAAUGCCGCGUGUGAAGUCAACACUCCUAUUGUUUUUAUACCUGUCAUUUGUCAUUCAAAAAUCUUCUUUUCUCUGAAACAAUUAGGUUAAAGAUCAGGAAUUGAUUUAUCUAUAGCAAAAACAGAAUCUCUUUUUACAGCACAAUUGGGAUAUCUAUAGUACUUUUAUCAACACAUUUCUUGUUUUAAUUUUUUGAUUUAUCGGAGUAAUUUUUCUUAUAAAAAUUAUCUGGGCAAUUUAUGACUAAGAGGUAAUGGUUAUUAGACAUUAAUGUUUUUAAGAGCUGUCUUAAGUAAAACAGACUGAAUCUGAACGUGUGUUUUUGUUACAUUGAGAUCGUUAUUAUAGCAUGGAUAAACAAAAUCAAAUAUCUCCAAUCAUAAUGCACAAUUUUUUUUAUAUUCUUCGGUUAUAAUAAUAAUUAUCAAUUCAAUUACGAUUAUUGUCAAUAUAUUGAUCUAUUAUAUGAAAAAAUAUUAAUUAUAAUACGAUCUCAUUACUUCCAGAUUCUAUACAGAGGUAUUUUUAAGUAAUUCUAAUAAACUGUGAUAACUUUUAUUUAUUUUCGAUAUACUUUGAUGAAGAAGAAAACUAAUUCUGUAUAACUAAGAAACCCAUUAUCAAUAUGUUCUAUAGAGAAUAUUUUUCCUUUAUAUUCAAUAUUCAAUGGGGUAUUUGAGAAUUUUUUAAAAUGUUUUGUUUUCAAAUAUUUAAACUUCCCGCUAAAAUGCUCAUUACCAAUAUGGCGGUGCGCUGACGUCAGUAUAUAGUACGUAUAUGGUAAGAUCUAACCAGUUAACAGCAUUCUAUGGUGGUUAUUUGCUUUUGUGUCUCAAAUCUCUUUCAAAACAACUUGCAUAGUGCAAUAUACGUGCACAGAUCAAUAAAGGAACGAAAGUUAACAAUAAAUAUUUUGUGCCCAAAAUUUGUGAAAAAAUAUGGCAUUUUUAAGUUGUGGUUAUAAAAUAUGUAUUAUUUUUGUAUUAGUUUUAUAUAAAUUAAUUUAUAUCAUUAUAACAGUGAGUAGCAUUUGAUUAAUUUUUAUCAUGAAUAAUAUGGCACAAGACUCAAAUUGAAAUUAAAUAUUGUUAACAAUGCAUAAUUAAGUAUGACAGCUCAUAGUAUUUUGAUUAUUAUGAAUAUUAUAUAUCACAAUUAAAUAGAAAAAAAAUUUUAACUAAAUUUGUGAAAUUCCCUUUUUUGUUAUAAAUGCAAAUCAUAAUUUCAAUAUCACGAAUCAUAAUUAUUAGUAAAGUAAUGGAAUGAAAUCCAAAAUAUCAUAACCUUGAUGAAAAUGAAUAAAAGUCUUAACGCAGCAAGUAAAUAGUAAAAACAUACUUUGAAAUUUUGACGUUAUAAAUUUAAAAUAAAAAUAUACAAAAUAAAACUCAACUUGGAUAUAAAUCCGUAAAAUCGUUUGUAAAUCACGAGAAACUAAAAUUUCUGGGGCACUGAUAACCAAAAAAAAUCUAACCGCAUCGAGCGCUCACUAUAUAGUGACGUCAUUCGCAGCUGAUACAUUUCUGAUUACAUAACAAAAUGUUUAAAUUUAUUUAAUUUCUUUUAAUAAAAUUAUUAUAUUCUAACAAAAAUGAGAAAAAAAUUGUGUUUUGUAAUGGCGUAGCGAAGUGGGUCAUCAAAACCGCAACUGACAAUUUUUGUAACUGGAUCCACAAAUAUCGGAAAAAAACCUUAAUGAACGUAUUGCAAAAGCUUACGAAUUCAGAGAGAAUUGCAGUUGUGAGAUUCCAAUGAAUUUUAAAGAGAAAAAGCUUCUAAAAAAAAGAAAAUUUUUAAUUAUGAGGCUGUAGAUGAACCUAUUGAUUCCACUGAAAGUAGAUUCAAAAUUGAUUAUGAUAUGAAUUUUAUUACAAUGGUUGACGCCGUGAUACAAUAACACACAAGAUUUACUGUAUUCACUGAAUAUUACAACAAUUUUGGAUUAUUGUCCUACACAAAUAAUUGAAAUCUUUGCCAAGUAUCGAGCUUUUGAUGCACUGUAAUCAUUUAGAUCUAUUACUUCAAGAUGGAGAAACCAAAAACAUGAAAUCUUAUGAGUUUUACGAAGAACUACAACUUUUACUGCCUAAUCUACCAAAAUCCAUUCAAGACGCCUAUAAGAUGAUGCUAUACAUAAUUAUAAACGAACUAGAAGAUAUCUAUCCUUAUGAUAACAUUGCUAUUAGAAUUAUGUUGACUAUACCUGUAAGUACAGAUUCCACUGUAAGAAGUUGAAAAAGAUUAAUAACAACUUGAGAAACAAUAUGAAACAGGACCGACAGCCUACAGGCGGAACACCCAUAAAGAAAUGCAGGCUGAAUCAACUGGCCAAGAAACAAUCUGGUCGCAGGCCACAUGUGAAUGCUCAAUCAUUUCGAUGAACAGCGACCAAAUGACGCUUACGAAGGUUAACAAUAAAGGUUUGGAGGCACACAUCACUGAGCGGGAGCAUUAGAUCGGUGACUCCAAACCCGCUAUAAUGAAUAAUGGAGCCACAGACGGCUACAGGAGAUAUGGCUUGGGGAACACGCUACCGUCUUCCAAGCCGAGGUAUUCCCUGUGAUGAAAUGCGGACGCGCACAGUAAUUUCAAUCUGCUCAGACAGCAGAACGACCAGAAAAGUGUUGCCCUAGGCUAGUGCUCAAGUGCAAGAAAGUCCUACAAUAUCUGGUAGUGAUGGCAGAAGAUCCAUCUCGCUUCGAGGAGGAUGAAACCGCAGACCACGUCAUCUGUAAUUGCCCUGCACUCACAUGAGCGCUGUUUAAACAUUUGGUCAAGCCUUACAGCUUGCCUAAUGACAUCAGAAGGUUCAAGCCAAAGCUCCUGGUCGGCUUUUCAAAAGAUCUCUGCAUUUGGUAACGAUAAGUGUGGCACAAUGCGCCUGUGUGCGCAACGCUCCAUACUAUGUAACUAUCCGACUAUCUGGUUUAGCAAUAAUCUCAAUUCAAGCAAAUAUAGCAGCGAAAAUUAAUUACAAAUCCUUAUUAGAGGUCUUCCGUAAAGUGAAAAAUAAUUAUUGGAUUUAAUCCGAAGAAUAUUGUUUUUGUAAAAAAUUACUCAAGUUAUAAACUAAAACCUUCUUUCUAUAUGAUUUUUCAUAAUAUUCCAACACUCAUAUUUUUUCACUAUCAUGAGUAGACUAAACUUGACCUUCUGUAUUUACCAGUGAUCUUGAGAACGAAAGAAAAGGGGCCUCGCUGAUGCUACGAUAUUAGUCCACGCUACGCCACUGAUUCGAUGAUUCUUUGAGUAUAUUAAAAUAUUUUAGACCCCUUUCAAAUACCCUAUUGUGAAAAAAAUAUGGGUUUUAAUUUAAUGUAAAAUGACAACGAAAAAUAAAUAUUAAUAAUUAUUCCGUACUUUGUCAAAGUGUACCUAAGUCAAAAGACCAUUUUAAUUUAUGUUUAUAAUUUACUUCCUAUUUAUUUAUAAUACACUUUUUAUUAUGACUCAAGUUGAAUAUGUUAUAUUUUUAAAAACCUUGGUUGUAUUGUGUAUAAAUUAAAAUAAAGCAUUUAUUUGUUGAAUUUAAUUUCUUUGGUUGUGCUGAUUAUUGUUUUUGUUACAUUUUUUAUAUAUAAAAAAAUAUGCUCUGUAUGAAAUGUUUUUAAAAGAAUGUUCCAAAUAAAAUCGAUAAUAUCAAAAGUAAAAAUAGAAAUAUCUUGUGUCAAAAUCAAAUUUUGCAGAAAAACUGUUUAAUUUUUUAUCAUUUGAUCGAAAUUGGAACAUUUUAUGUGGAACAUUCUUAAAUCACCUAAACGUACCACACCGAAACUGAUAUUACAGUGUAGUUUUAAAUAAACAAUGUACCUUAUUGAUUAACAGCUGAAAUAAAGCUUUAACAAACUGAUUUCUAUAUCUUGGAACUGAAUAGCUACACUAUCUGUGUAAACUUUUUGCUACAAAAACCAACUGAAUGAAUUAUAAAUCUUCAGGUCUGAGAUAGAGGACAGUCGCUUGUUCUAAAUUUUUAUUAAUAUGUUUUUUAUUUAAACUAGUGUCACAUAAUAAGUCACAGUUAAUCUACGGCCAAAUGAACAAAUUGAAUUAAUAUUUCUUGACUUUCUUCUAGGGCCUCGUCUACAACGUGUCCCCGGAUAGUUAAAAUAACUCUUGUAAGAGAAAAAAAAAUUAGCACAACAUAAUAUAAGUUUUGAAAAAGCAAAAACGCUUCGGAAAUUUUCCAAAUAGCUAUUUUUCUGUAGUAGACCAGGAUCGAUAGUUUUUGAAAUGAAAGAAAAUAAAAGUAGGGUGAAACUCAUGGAAAAAAUGGGAGAGUAUGAUAAAAA